AUUCAAGCGGAUGUGACGUCGUUAUCCGUUUGUUGCAGUUUUGUUGUGGCAGGAGCUUGAUUUAGAUAGUAUGGCCACUUAAGUUAAACCCCAACCCUAACGUGAUUAAUUCAUUUGACAAGAAAUGGAAUGCUGCGUUGCAUCCGCGCUGUUGUUUUUUAUACCACUUUAUUUACUUAUUAACUUCCUCUGUUUUAUUUUCGCGGAUGCAGACUUCACCCUGCUGUGGGCAGGUCUGUUUGGACACAGGCCAGAGAACAAACUGAAGGGGCUGGUGGUUUGGGUCACUGGAGCCUCAAGUGGUAUUGGAGAGGAGCUGGCCCUCCAGCUAGCCGGGUAUGGAUCACGUCUCAUACUGUCUGCUCGACGGGAGGACGAGCUGGAGAGGGUGAAACGUUGCUGUUUAGAGCGCUCCGACCUUCAGGAUGAAGAUAUUCGUGUGCUUCCACUGGAUUUGUUGGAGAGGACGUCGCAUGAGGGAAAAGCCAAAGCUGCAAUUCAAUACUUUGGACGUAUUGAUGUCCUAAUUAACAAUGGGGGCCGAAGCCAGCGCUCCCUGUGCCUGGAGACCAGCAUUGACGUGUAUCAGGCCUUGAUGGAGCUCAACUUCCUGGGUACGGUCUCCAUCACAAAGCAGGUGCUGCCUCACAUGACGCAGCGAGGCACAGGAAGCAUCGUGACCGUCAGCAGUGUGGUUGGCCUCGCCGGGGCCCCGCUGGCGACGGGAUACUCCGCCAGCAAGCACGCUCUUCAGGGUUUCUUUAAUUCUCUCAGGACAGAGCUGACUGACUUCCCAAACAUACUCAUCAGCACGGUGUGUCCAGGCCCUGUGCAGUCGCAGAUUGUCCAAAACGCUUUCACGGAAGAAGUGCACAAGCCUGUAGCCGCUGCUGGUAACCAGGGCCACAAGAUGCCAACCAGUCGGUGCGCACGUUUAAUGUUGGUGGGAAUUGCCAAUGGCGUCAAGGAAAUGUGGAUCGCACAGCAGCCCUUCCUCCUGUUCUACUACGCCUGGCAGUAUGCUCCUACAUUCGCCUGGUUCAUCACAAACAUGUUGGGAAGAAAAAGGGUGCAAAAUUUCAAAGCUGGUCUGGAUGCAGACACGGCGUAUUUCACGAAGCCUAAGACCUCCUGAAAGUCCCAACCUCAAGAAGAGUAUUGCUGCCUGGUGUUUGACCUUGAAAGGAAUGUAUUUUUGUAUGUCUUUGCCUUCAUCUCAAAGAAAAACAUUUAAAAGCACAAACUGCUGUGAAGCAUUUCAGUCUGAUAAAAAUGGGUACUUAUAUUUAAUUCAUCUGGAUGUGAAGUAAAUCCUACAUUUUACGGUUUGUUGUUGUGUUCCAUGUAACAAGCAUCUUCCGAUUAUGUGGAUUUCUGGAUAAAAGCCAACAUUCAUUAGAAGAUGGUAUAUAAGUUGUAUAUUGGAUGUAACAAAUCAGUGGCACUAACCUUUUGGAUAUAUUUUAUGCACUGGCAAGUUGGUUGAGUAAAGCGUGACAAAACCGCUUCUGCCAGGCUAUUUUAUUACGAGUAUACAUUUUAACAUAUAAAAAUCAAUAUGUACAGAAGAAUAUGGACAAAUUCAUUCAAAAAUUGUAAACAAUAGAAUUGUAAACAAAACAAUCGCACUAAACUACUUACACAUACAGCAAGACACACUCAAGGCACAUCCUUGACAUCUUAAAACAUUAAAACGUGUCCAGUUUUUGAGGACAUAAAAGGGGAUUACCAAAAAAAUGUGAAAUUUAAAAAUUAUAAUAAAAAUUUAAUUAUCUAGAAGGGAGGUGGGCAAAUGUAUUCACUUAAGCACAAACUUUAAUAAAGAAACCAAAUGAU